UCCCAGUGGCCAUGCAGCAGCCUGCCACCUCCUGGCACACAGCAGGGGUAGACGACUUCACCAGCUUCCAGCGGAAGUGGUUUGAGGUAGCCUUUGUGGCAGAAGAGCUCCUGCACUCUGAGAUUCCUGCCUUCCUCCUGCCCUGGCUGCCUAGCCGACCGGCCUCCUAUGCAAGCAGGCACAGCUCCUUUAGCCGCAGUUUUGGAGGACGGAGCCAGGCGGCUGCGCUUUUAGCUGCCACUGUCCCAGAGCAGAGGACUGUGACCCUGGACGUUGACGUGAAUAACCGCACAGACCGGCUGGAGUGGUGCAGCUGUUAUUACCACGGCAACUUCUCCCUGAAUGCAGCCUUUGAGAUCAAGCUGCACUGGAUGGCAGUGACCGCCGCAGUACUCUUCGAGAUGGUCCAAGGUUGGCAUCGGAAAGCUACCUCCUGUGGCUUUUUGUUGGUCCCGGUUUUGGAAGGACCUUUUGCGCUGCCCAGUUACCUGUAUGGCGACCCCCUUCGAGCCCAGCUCUUCAUCCCGCUCAACAUCAGCUGUUUGCUCAAGGAGGGCAGCGAGCACCUAUUUGAUAGCUUUGAACCAGAAACAUACUGGGAUCGAAUGCAUCUUUUCCAGGAAGCCAUUGCACACAGGGACAGAAGCCCCCUGCCUGCAAUCCUAGCUUACAUUCUCCCUGACUGGACAGUGAGGUGGCCACAGAACAGGUUUGGGUUUGUACAAGAUAAAUAUUCUGCCUCUGCCUUUAACUUCCCUGCUGAGAAUAAGCCUCAGUACAUCCAUGUUACAGGGACAGUGUUUCUGCAGCUGCCCUACUCCAAGCGCAAGUUCUCAGGGCAGCAACGGCGGCGGCGGAACUCCACCAGCUCCACCAACCAGAACAUGUUCUGCGAGGAGCGGGUUGGCUACAACUGGGCCUACAACACCAUGCUGACCAAGACGUGGCGCUCCAGUGCCACGGGGGAUGAGAAGUUUGCCGAUCGGCUGCUGAAGGACUUCACAGAUUUCUGCAUCAACCGUGACAACCGGCUGGUCACGUUCUGGACGAGUUGCCUGGAGAAAAUGCACGCCAGCGCCCCAUGAGCCCAGGCUGCGGCAGGGUUAGAAGGCCGUGCCCAUGCUAGGGGCAGCGGAGUGAGCUGCUACCCUCAAACCCGGGGCGGAAGAUUCCAGUCAGGCAUCAGGUGUCCAUUGGUGGGUGGGGGCCAUUGCUCCUUUUUGGCCCCCCAACAUGCGUCGUUCCACUGGAGGAGAAAGACUUUGGAAGCAGCUGCUGUUGCUGUCACCACCCAAAUCCCGUCAGCAAGCGCCCAGAGGAGGUGGGAGGCACAGAUUGUCCGUAGGAGGGCUUCAGUGUCUGGCAAGGGGGCAGGCAGCCCCCACGAAUGUCCUCAGAAGGGGGUGGCUCCUGCUAGCGUCCUCUCCCUUCACCAUCCGUGGGAUGUUAGGAGCAGAGUCUGCUGCUUUCCGCCCAGAAGUGUGCCAGGGUGUAAGAUAAUCCUAUGAAAUGAUGUGCCAUAGACUUCAUACCAACUGUGCAUACCUGUACAUACCAGAAGCAAAUAAAGCUCCACACGCAGCA